UUUACAAGCGGGUUGCUGCUGAUGCCGCUACCACCACUACCGCCACAAGCGUUUAUUUCAUUUUUUUUAGGAAAAGGAGACAUCAUCCCCGCGCUACAAAACGACUCAGAAGGGCUGAUCCCCUGGUCCUGACGACGAGGACAGCUGUGAAUCGCUCUCUCGACUUGUUGGUUUGGUGGUUCAAGUUCCACAGCCCCUCUCCUCCUCCCACCUUAUCCGACCCCCCCCCACAGACCCCGCCAUGUCCCUGCCGACCCCGGCGAGCUGCGUGCCAGGGGCCAAGGCGCGGCGGCGAGGAUCGGUGCCGCUCUGCGCCCUGCGCGUGGCGCUGCCCGACGGGCGGGCGCUGGAGCUGGCCGCCGCGGUGAGUGUGACCGGGCAGGAGCUGCUGGCGCAGGUGUGUACGCUGCUGCGGGUCCGAGAUUCGAGGUUUUUUGGAAUCAGCAUCUCAAUCCGGAACGAGCACGUGUUCAUGGAGCCCCAGGACAAACUCGGCAAGUACUGCCCCAAGCAGUGGCUCCGGGAGGUGGCCCAGGCGCAAGCUGCCGGGAGGAGUGGGCCCCCCCUCACCGUCUUCUUCCGAGCCCAGUGCUACGUGGACUUGGCCCGCGCCAUCCGUGACCCGGUUUCGAGGCACUGGUACUACGCCCAGGUGCGCGCCCAGGUGCGCGCGUCGCGCUGCGCGGGGAGGGAGGAGGCCUUCUUCUCGCUCGCCGCGCUCGCGCUGCAGUGCGACUUCGGGGACCUCGCGGCGGGGCCGGCCGGGGCCGCCUCGGGGAAGACGACGCGGGAGGAGGCGCACGGGGACCCGACGGGGCGAGGUGGGGACCAGGAGGAGCCGUCGUCGCUGCUUCCUCGCCACGGCGACGAGGAGUACUUCGACCCCAGCGAUUACUUCCCCGCGUGGGUGCUGUCCCGCCGGGGCCGCGGCUUCGUGCUGCGUCACGCGCCGCGCGCCCACGCCGAGCUGGCGGGGCUGGCGCGGGGCCGCGCGCUGCUGCGCUUCGUGCGCGAGGCAUGCACGCGGCUCGCCGACGACGUCCCCGUCACGCGCUACCACCUGCUGCUCCACGAUAAACACGUGGACCGGGAACUCAUCCUAGGAGUGUCGUUCGACGGACUUCAGAUUUUUCAGGGCCCGGGGAAGCACCAGGGGGAGUUUCUCUACGCGGUGCCGUGGACGAACAUCGGGAAGAUAUCGGCGCAGGGUUCACGGUUUGAGGUCCGCCUCGAGGGCCGGGCGUCCGCGGGCGGUCGCCUGACGCUUCGCACCGGACACCCGCAGCACGCGAGCAGCCUGCUGCACCACGUGCGCCGCUGCCACGAGCUGCACGUGCAGCUGCAGCCGCUGCUGGAGAGGAUGCGGGCGCGGGAGCAGGACGUCCUCCCCUACCGAGAAUGCUUCAUCAGCGACUACCCUGACCCGAGCCCCACGGAGCCCCCCAGCGCCGACCUUGACCCCGCCAGACCGCAGGGGGUCCAGCAGCAGCGGCAGCAGCAGCACCAGCAGCAGCAGGAGCAGCGGCAGCGGCAGCAGGAGCAGCGGCAGCGGCAGCAGCAGGAGCAGCAGCAGCAUCAGCAGCAGCACCAGCAGCGGCAGCAGCACCAGCAGCAGCAGCGGCAGCAGGAGCAGCGGCAGCGGCAGCAGCAGCAGCAGCAGCAGGAGCAGCAGCAGCAGCAGCGAGGGGACGGCGUGGACCCGCUCGGAGGAGGAGGGGGGGUCGCGGCGGACGUCGGACAAGACGAGACUCAAGUCGUGCAGGAGACGUCACACAAGCGCCCCUGUGUGGAAGGCACGACAGCUCGGAGACACAGCUUCCAGGGUUUGUCCACGUCAUCUUCGGUGUCUCCUCCUCUUGUCGGCCGGACCUCACGACCCAGGAGCCGCAGCUUGGACGAACAUCGCUCCCCCAUCACCACCACCACCACCAUCAGCACCACCAUCCCCACCACCGCUACCGUCAUCACCACCACCGUCGCCACCAUCAUCCCCACCAAAACCAACACCACUCUGACCAACACCACCAUCACCACUACUAUCACCAGUAUCCUUGCCACCACGACCACCAUAAUCUCCACCACCAUCACCCCCACCACUAUAAUCCCUAUUACCAUCAAUCCCACAAUGACCACCAUCCCCACCAUCCCCAACAUCCCCACCAUCACCACCAGCACCAUCAGCACCAUCAUCUUCCUCCCCGACGCCACCGUCUCUCCCAAUCCCCACUUCCCCAACGACUCCGGCGACCCCGGCGACCCCGGUGACCCCAACGACCCCGGCGACUCCGGCGAGUGGCGAUUCCCGGAGACGCCGCGGAACCGGGACAGCGGCUACCACUCGCACUGCGCCACCGCCCAGCGGCGCCGCGAUCGGGGCUACCGCAGUGGUGGAGGAGAGGCUACCGGUGGCGGUGGUGGCGAUGGUGACGGUGGUGGUGGUGGCGGUGGUGGUGGCGGUGAUGGUGGCGGUGGCGGCGGUGGCGGCGGCGGUAGCGGUUAGCGACCUGAGCCACGCCACGAACCCGGCGACCCGAAUCCGAUUUCGCGCUCACGACCGCCGAUGACGAUGACGAUGAUCCAAACCGGUCCUGGGCCUCCUCCCCUAGGUCGACUCGGCCUCAAAUGAGUACCUGGUGUGGUGUGCAGCAAACAUCGCCACUAGGGAGACAAAGGCGGCCCGGCGUGGCGCUGGCCGCCCCCACCCCCUCGUGGAGCGUUUCGGCCUUCAUAGGUUGCUGCUCGUUAGCGGUACCUGCCCCAACAGUCUGUUAAGGCCGUACGGGGGGGAUCUUUGGAGGUGGUGGUGGUGGAGGUGGUGGUGGUUGGUGGUGAUGGUGGAAGUGCUAAUAGAGGUGGUGGUGGUGGAGGUGAUGGAGGUGAUGGUGGAGGUGUUGGUGGAGGUGGUGGAGGUGUUAGUGGAGGUGGUGGUGAUGGUGGAAGUGCUAGUAGAGGUGGUGGUCGAGGUGAUGGAGGUGGUGGUGGAGGUGGUGGUGGUUGGGUUGGUGGUGGAGGUGAUGGAGGUGAUGGUGGAGGUGGUGGUGGAGGUGGUGGUGGUGGUUGGGUUGGUGGUGGAGGUUGGGUUGGUGGUGGAGGUGGUGGUUGAUGUGGAGGUGGUUGUGGUGGUGGAGGUGGUGGAGGUGGUGGAGGUGGUGGUGGAGUCCGAGUGAAUCACAGAACUAUGUAGAACGAGUCCACAGGGGUCCCUAGUGCAUCACUGACCCUGGGCUCGAUAGCAAUGAAUGAGAGGGGAAUGAUGGCGAGCGUCCAGGGAAUGGGGAAGUCUCGUGAACGACAUCAUCUUUGGACAUCGUGACAUUGAACGACUCCAGGGAAUGAAUCUAGAAUUGCAAUGGAUGAUUUUAGUAAAUAGCAGUGAAUGAGAAGGGAAUAACAGCGUUUAUCGAAUGGGAGUGAAUGAGUGUAGGGAAUGACGGUGAAUAACUCGGGAAUAAAAACGUUUAGUAUUAUGAGUGUAAUGAUGAUCUGAACAGUAACCGAUUAUAUUAACAGUACGUGAUGAUGAUGACGAUGAUAUGUACACUACAUGAUGAUGGUAUGAAAAAUACAUUAUGAUAUGAAAAGUACAUAAUGAUCGUGGUGACAUGAAUAUUACUUGAUGACGAUGACCAUUGGAGUUAUAGAUUAUAUCGAUGGAACUGACGCCGCAUCUCAUGAUGAUAAUGGCAUGAUGAUGGUGAUUUGUUCUGAUAGUGACGUC